AAGAAGAAAAACUCCUCCCCGUAUCAGUGUCCAGCAGGCAGUAACAUUUUUGGUAACAUUUUGCCAAUAAGUCAGGGAUCAUCAGCAUUGGUUCAAGAAAAAAUGAAUGCUUUGUGCAGCACGUGCGGAGUUGCCCAGCCACCGCCACCGUCGGGAGCCCGUUCCAAGUCUUCAGCGACAGCCGCCACCACCACUACAGCGGCGGCGACGACAGAGGAGGUGGAAAAGCUUCAGAAAGGGAUAGCGGAGUUGUACGACGAGUCUUCUGGGGUUUGGGAGGAGAUAUGGGGUGACCACAUGCACCACGGCUUCUACGAUCCGAACUACAAUAACAAGAAAGACAAAGAUGACGCCCUCUCCCUGCUCUCCGACCACCGAUCCGCUCAGAUUCGAAUGAUUGAAGAGACUCUCCGAUUCGCCGCUGUUCCAGAGGAUCCAGUGAAGACACCUAAGAAUGUUGUCGAUGUUGGGUGUGGAAUUGGAGGCAGUUCUAGAUACAUAGCAAGAAAAUAUGAGGCUCAAUGCCAAGGCAUCACCCUGAGCCCCGUUCAAGCCCAGAGGGCUAAUGCUCUUGCUGCUGCCCAAGGACUAGCCGACAAGGUUUCGUUCCAAGUCGCAGAUGCUUUAAAUCAGCCAUUUCCUGAUGCACAAUUUGAUCUGGUAUGGUCCAUGGAAAGUGGUGAACACAUGCCUCACAAAGCAAAGUUUGUAAAUGAGUUGGCUCGAGUAGCAGCACCGGGAGGCACGAUCAUAAUAGUAACAUGGUGCCAUAGGGACCUCUCCCCUUCUGAGGAAUCUCUGAGACCGGAGGAGAAAGCUCUGUUGCAGAAGAUUUGUGAUGCUUAUUAUCUCCCGGCCUGGUGUUCUGCGGCUGAUUAUGUGAAAAUACUUGAAUCUCUCUCUCUCCAGGAUAUAAAGACAGCAGAUUGGUCGAAGAAUGUUGCCCCAUUUUGGCCUGCAGUGAUAAGGUCAGCAUUGACAUGGAAGGGCAUCACAUCUUUGCUACGAAGUGGAUGGAAAACCAUAAGAGGGGCAUUGGUGAUGCCAUUGAUGAUCCGCGGAUACAAGAUGGGGCUGAUAAAGUUUGCUAUCAUUACAUGUCGGAAGCCUGAAUAUGUUGUUACGACAACUACAAGUAAAUGUGCAGUCGAGAAUUUAUGAAGUCCUUCCUUCCCGUUGUGGUGCCGGCGGCAUGCUUUCUGUCCUUGUAGUCUUUGUAACGAUCAUGAUUUCAAAGUUUAAUAAGUUCUCUGUGUUCGCCGUUCUUACAAAUAUAUAUGAGGUGGUAUGUUGUUGUCUAUGCGCAACAACUGUGGUCCUAGUUGUUACUUUUGUAAUCUCUUCUCCAUAAGGAAUUGAGAGGGUGCCUCUCAAAGUGUUGUUUGUUA